AUGGCCGCGCCGGGGGGCGGCGAGGGGCCCGCGCCGGGCCGGGGGGGCCGCGGGCUGCAGGGAGCCAUGAGGGCGGCCAGCGGUGCCCUGGGCAUGGACAGCGUCGGGAGGACAAGGGAUGCCUACGUGGAGUACCUGAAGAGCAUCACCCUCAUCGCCCAGGCCCUGCAGGAGGAGGCGGCAGGCACAGAGAACAGCGAGGGGGUCACCCCUGACACCCCCAAACUGCUGAAGCUGGCGGAGCAGUGCCUGGAGAGGGUCAAAUCCAUCGCAGCCGCGCUGGGGAAAGCCCAGGUGAAACCGGCUGCACAGGAGCGCGGCGGGGGCCCUGCGCCCCUCCCCAGGCAUCGCCGGGUCUGCUCGGACGAGGGGGGGAAGCUUUCACCAUUCCUGCCCCCAGAGAUCUUCCAGAAGCUGCAGAUCGCUGAGGCACAGAGUGCACGGAAAGAGCUGACCCCGCUGGAGGAGGCCUCCCUGCAGAACCAGAAGCUGAAGGCAGCGUACGAGGCGCGGGUGGCGCGGCUGAACCCAAACCAGGCCGUGCAGAAAACAUCGCUGACGCUGUCCCUGCAGCGGCAGAUGAUGGAGAACCUGGUGAUUGCCAAGGCCCGAGAGGAGACUCUGCAGCGCAAGAUGGAAGAGCGGCGGCUGCGGCUGCAGGAGGCGGCCAACCGGAGGUUCUCCAGCAGCGUGGCACUCACCCCCGAGGAGCAGGAGCAGAGAGCACUCUAUGCUGCCAUCCUUGAGUACGAGCAGGACCAUGACUGGCCAAGGCAAUGGAAGGCACAGCUGAAGCGGAGCCCAGCGGAUCUCUCAGUGGUGUCAGGGCUCUUCUCUUGCCUCCUGAGCUGCCCCGAGCACCCCAUCACGCAGCUGCUGCGGCGGCUGCAGUGUGCCGUGUACGCCCGCCUCUACCCCGCCGUCAGCCGCGGUCCCGCCGACGCCUCCCCCGCCUCUCCCUCGCCGGGGGGCCGCCGGCUCCGAGCGUCCCGCAGCCUGCACUGCAUGUUCUCGGUGCCCGAGCACGGCCCGACCGCGCUGCGGCACAGCCAGUCCAGCACCCCCCUUGCUGACAGCAGCACCCCAGGGCCCACAGAGCCCCCCGAGACCCCCCGAGAAAGCUCCUUCGAGGACCUGGAGCGGUUCCUGGCAUCCCCCGAGGGCUGGGCCCCCACAGAGCCCUCGGCCAGCUCUGGGCAGGACACAGCGCUGCCGGAGCUGCUGAAGGGCAUCGUGAGGGACAUCCACAACGCCAUUGACAGGCUUCUGGCUCUGACUCUGCUGGCCUUCGAGGGUCUUGGCACUGCCGCCGGCAAGGACCAGUGCCUGGCCUGCCUGGAGGAGGCUUUCUUCCCCCCACUCUGGGCCCCGCUCCUGGCCCUCUACAGGACCGUGCAGCAGCCCCGUGAGGCGGCCCUGGCACGCAGCAUGGAGCGGCACCGUCACGCCAGCCCUGCCGACAUGGGGCUGGCCUCACGCCUCUUCCCGCCCGGCCCCGGGCGCCCCGCGUACGCCUCGGCCGUGCAGGACCUGCGCCUCAUCCCUCUGGAGACCUGUCCCCGCAGGAAGCUGGAGUGCAUCGUGCGAGCCCUGCGCGGCAUCUGCGAGUGUGCUGAGGAAUACUGCGGCACCCGGGACACCCGGAGCCUCGCCACAGCUGCCAUCGGGGCAGACGACCUGCUGCCCAUCCUGUCCUACGUGGUGCUGCAGACGGGGCUGCCCCAGCUGCUCUCUGAGUGUGCCGCCCUGGAAGAGUUCAUCCAUGAAGGGUACCUGAUCGGGGAGGAGGGGUACUGCCUGACGUCCCUGCAGAGCGCCCUGUCCUACGUGGAGUCCCUGCAGUGA